AUGUCUACCGUAGAAAGAGGAGACUCCGCUGGAAGAAGUUCUCGUGGCCGCAACGCUGAAAACACCGCUCCUGCUCCUACGGAAGAAGGUGGAAAGACAAAAACCAAACAGCGAAAAGGAGCAAAGGCUAUAUCAACGCCUCAGAAAGUAACAAAAAGUGUCAAGGCAGGUCUUACCUUUCCCGUUGGUCGUAUGAGUCGUCUUCUUAAGAAAGGUAGAUAUGCGGAUCGUAUUGGUGCUGGAGCUCCCGUAUAUUUGGCUGCUGUCUUGGAAUAUUUAACCGCGGAGGUGCUUGAACUUGCCGGAAACGCUGCAAGAGAUAACAAGAAACAGAGAAUCAUCCCCAGACAUUUACAAUUGGCUAUACGAAAUGACGAAGAACUUAAUAUUUUGUUGAGACACGUUCAUAUCGCUGAAGGUGGAGUCCUUCCAAAUAUUCACGUCGAAUUACUUCCAAAGAAGAAAGGGGAAAAGAAAGCUGUUGUAGUUGGUGGUGCUGUAAACCCAUCUCCAAAGAAACCAAAAGCUGGUGGAAAAUCUCCCGCAGUAAAGGCUGCAUAA